CCGCUUUUGCUACAGCCCGUGAAGAAGUCAUUUCAGACGAGAUCACAGGAUGGGAUCGGGAGGCUCCAAGAAAGCGGCAGAGAAGGCGGCCGAGAAGGCAGACAAACCAGCGGAGGCAGCUCCAGCAGCCGCAGCUCCAGCAGGCGCAGCUCCAGCAGAGGCUGCAGCUCCUGCAGAGGCUGCAGCUCCUGCAGAGGCUGCAGCUCCUGCAGCUCUAGAAGGUCCGAGGGAUGAUGCGGUGUACCGAGUUAUGGAUCCGCCGGAGGACUUUGUGGUGGAAGGUCUGAAGCUUGCAGGAGGUGCUGUGUCAGACCAUCCUGAUGUUCAAGAGGGCAAGGUCCUUCAGGUGGCGAAGCAUCCAGAGGAACAUUUCAUGCAGUACUGGCUCAAGGUCGAGUAUGGCUCGGGUCAGAUUGCUUUUGUUCACACUUUGAUGAGCUGUGGAUGGAACUCCGACAAUGUGAUUCGAGGUGUUGGCGAUGCUCAAUUCCCUCCAGAUCCAAAGAACCUUCCCGUGUCAGCAGAGGCUGCCCCGGCAGCAGCUCCCGCAGCGCCGGAGGAAGGUCCAAUGGAUGAUGCAGUGUAUAACAUUGUGGACCCGCCGGAGGACUUUGUGGUGCAAGGUUUGACGUCAUGUGGCGGAAUUGUUGCGGACAACCAAGAUGUGAAACAGGGCAAAGUCUUGCAAGUGGCCAAGCAUCCCCAGGAGCCCAGAAUGCACUACUGGCUGAAGGUGGAGUAUGGCUCAUCCCAAGUAGCUCUUGUUCACAUGUUGAUGAGCUGCGGAUGGACCUCGGACAAGCUCUUGUUGGACGUGGGUGAUGUUCAGUUUCCACCUGAUCCCAAGAAUCUCCCCACACCCAAGGAGGGACCUGCGCUUCCCGACCUGAAGCGAGCAGACUAUGAUCAAGAGUUUGUUGAUCCCAGCCACCUUGAUGCUAUUGCCACCAAUCCCUCUUUGAAGAGUGUUUUCCCAGAGGCAUCCAGUGGUCAGGUCAGGAGCAUUUGGCGUGGACCCACUGGUUUUUGGUUGGAAGUGACAGGAGAGCCUGAAGGCACUCGUUAUGGAGCACACUUUCUCGAGCCAGAAGGAGGUCAUCUUGAGGAAGGGCAGCAAUACGUUAUCAACUGCGCUGUGCAGCUUCCGGAGGAUGAGGAAUUCCCUCCUGAGCCCCGCACCACGAAGGGCAAAGCUGUGGCUUUUUAGAGAUCUAAUCAGUCACUACGAGCCACAUUCAGGUCACGCCUCUGCCUGUUUGCAGGCAACUUGUAUUUCACGCCCCGGCAAACGCUGGUGCACACACACAUAAUCCCUUCGCAUCGGCAGACGCCGAUUUGCAGACAAUCCUUCAGACAUCUUCAGACUCAAGUCGAACUGUGACACAGCUUGAAGAAAAAA